AUGCCUCCCAAGACCGCCGCAUCCGAGGCCGCCGCCACCCUCAACCUCACCGACGGCGAACUCAAGCUCGCCCUCGCAAUGAUGAAGCACGUCGACCGUCCCACCACCGCCGUCCUCGAGAAAAUGGCCGAGGAGGCCGGCCUCUCCAGCGCCUCCAGCGCCCGCACCCUCCUCGCCCGCGCCGCCACCAAGCACGGCUGGUUCGCCGGCAGCGGCAGCAGCAACAGCACCGAGGACGGUUCUGGUUCUGCCUCUACACCCCGGCCCAAGAAGACUGCCACCCCGCGCAAGAAGAAGAUUGCCGAAGUCGAGGAGGGCGCUGAGGAGCAGGGCACGCCUACCAAGAAGCGCGGCCGCAAGAGCAAGGCGCAGAAGGCUGCGGAGGAGGCUGCGGCUUCGGCUUCUGCUGCUGAAGCUGCUGCUGAGAAGGAUGCAGAUGAUGAGGAGAUUAAGGAGAGUGGUGAUGGUGCUGUUAAGGAGGAGACUGGUGAUACCGAUGGCGCCAAGGAGGAGGCUGCCGAGCAGAAGUGA